GGAAAGAAAAGAAAAAAAACGAAGGAAAAAAGAACAAAGAAAAAGAAAUGAAGAGAGCAAAGAAAAAGACAAAGAAAAUAGAAAAAAGAAACGAAUAAAAAAGGGAAAAAAAAGAAAGAACGAAGGGAAAAAGAACAAAGAAAAAGAAACGGAGAGAAUAAAAAAAAGCAAGAAAUGGAGAAAAGAAGAAACAAAAAGAGAAAAAGAAACGAACCAAAACGAAAAAAAGAAAGGGGAAAAAGAACAAAGAAAGGAAAAAAGGAACGAUAAAAGAAUGAAAGAAGACGAAGAAAAUAAAGAAACGAAAGAAAGAAUGAAGGAUAAAAAGAAAAAACAAGAUGAAGAAAAAGAAGAAUAA